AUAGUCAUCAUGCCAACUUGGAUGGAUAUCUCUGAUGCCAACUUGUCUCUCCAUUCUGAUUUCAGUCUCUAACGAAUCGCGAAUUGAAACAACGUUCCUUAUAUAUCAACAAUAAAUAUAAAUUUGUUAAUUGUUGGAUGAAGUUUAAUUUUUUCCGUAUAAAUGACAGUUUAAUGGAAGUGACAAUGUUUGAUAGCAUUUCUUACACUAGCAUUGAUAUAAUGAAGAAAGAAAAUCCAACAUGGUGGAAACGACGUACAAGUAUGGAGAGAUGUCUCACCCUGUCGACUGUGAUAACAUUCCUGGUCGGAAUAUCAUUAGUGAUAGCUCUUGCCACAGUAUUAUACAAAAAUCAAGAAACUAAAGACAACCACUACAACGCCGAAGCUCUGCAAAGCACCCCCUUCAUAGUCAACAGCUUCGACAGCAAAAACAACCAAAGAGAAAAGAUCUGCCUGUCGUCGGGCUGCAUCCACACAGCCUCCAAGGUCCUCGAGUACAUGGACCCUUCCGUGGACCCUUGCGAUGACUUCUACCAGUUCACCUGCGGGAAUUUUCUUAAGAACACCAACAUCCCCGAUGACAAGUCCUCGGUGACGUCAUUCAGCAUCAUCAGCGACAUGCUGCAAGAGCAACUGAGGAGCAUGAUCGAGGAGCCUAUCCAUGCUGGGGAGCCUAAGCCCUUCCAGCUCACCAAGAAGCUCUACAGGGCGUGCAUGAACAAGACGAUGAUCGAGAAAGACGGUUUGGAUACCAUUAAUGUCAUCUUGAAGGAUUUGGGGGGCUGGCCAGUGCUAGAGGGAGAGAAAUGGAGCGAGGGGGAGUUCGAUUGGAGGAGGUCUGUGUACAAGUUCAGGCGGGUCGGGUACAGUGUCGACUAUUUCAUGGAUUUUUCGGUGGGGGUGGACGUCAAGAAUUCAACCAAGAGGAUCAUCGACAUCGAUCAAGCUUCUUUGGGUCUUAGAAGGGAGUUCCUCACCAAAGGUUUGGAUGACAAGAUCGUCAAGGCUUACUACGACUACAUGGUCGAUUUAGCCGUGCUUUUCGGAGCCGACAGAGAUAGAGCAGUCAGAGAACUCAGAGAGUCCUUGGAGUUCGAGAUAAAAUUAGCGAAUAUUUCUCUUCCAAGCGAGAAACGUCGUAACGCCACCGCUUUGUACAAUCCAAUGACGAUGGGGGAGUUGCAGAAGAACUUCCCCAGCAUACCUUGGUUGGAGUAUAUGAAUAAUUUAUUGGCACCUGAUACUCGCGUGGAGUCUGACGAGGUUAUAGUAGUCAGUGUUCCUAAUUAUAUCAAGGCUUUCGAGGCACUUAUCGCUAGAACUCCGAAAAGAGUUCAGUCGAAUUACAUCAUGUGGAGAGCUGCCGCCUCAUCGGUGUCAUAUUUGACAGAAGCUCUGAGGAAAAGACAACUAGAUUACACCACGAUAGUUACAGGACGGACGGAAAGAGAAGCCAGAUGGAAGGAAUGCAUCGACAUAUCAGCCGGAAGCUUGUCAAUAGCUGCUGGUGCUUUGUACGUUAGAAAGUAUUUCCACGAAGAUGCCAAACAGAACGCUUUGGAAAUGGUUGCCGACAUCAGGACUGAAUUCGAAGACAUUCUGAAGGAGGUCGACUGGAUGGACGAGGAAACAAGGCGAAAUGCAUUGGACAAGGCCAAGUCGAUGGAAACUCACAUAGCCUACCCGGAUGAACUUUUAGAUGAUAAGAAAUUGGAGGAGUUCUACGAUGGGUUGGAACUGGAUGAAAACCUCUACAUGAGAUCUAUCCUGAACUUGACGUUGUUCGGUACCAGAUUCUCUUUCAGGAGAUUGAGACAGCCGGUGAAUAAAACUGAUUGGAUCACCCAUGGUAGACCAGCGGUGGUCAACGCCUUCUAUUCCUCCAUCGAAAACAGCAUCCAAUUUCCUGCUGGCAUCCUGCAAGGGGUAUUCUUCAACAAUGACAGGCCGCGUUACAUGAACUACGGUGCUAUCGGCUUCGUGAUCGGUCACGAGAUCACCCAUGGUUUCGAUGACCAGGGCAGGCAGUUCGACAAGAACGGCAAUCUGGUCGACUGGUGGCAGGAGGAGACGAAAAAGGCCUUCGUGGAGAAGGCUCAGUGCAUCAUAGACCAGUACGGCAAUUAUAGCGUACCUGAGCUGAAAUUGAAUCUCAACGGUGUCAAUACGCAAGGAGAGAACAUCGCAGACAAUGGUGGCCUAAAAGAGGCAUAUUUGGCCUACCAAAAGUGGGUGAAACGCUUCGGGGAAGAACCCAAACUGCCCGGCAUGAAGUACACCCCCAACCAGAUGUUCUGGAUAUCGGCUGCGAACACGUGGUGCUCAAAGUACCGUCCGGAAAGCCUGAAGCUGAGGAUCCUCACAGGGUACCAUUCUCCCGGCCAGUUCAGGGUACAAGGACCCAUGGCCAACUCUGAUUACUUCUACAAGGACUUCAAUUGUCCUGCUGGUACCAAGAUGAAUCCUGUGCAUAAAUGCAGGGUGUGGUAGAGUGUUGGUUGUAUGGAAUGGAAGUGAGAUCUCUAGUUGUUAUGAAAUUAUUUAUCUUGUGAUUAUUUUUGCUUUUUGUAUAAGUACCAGUGAAUCUCUGUUAUGUAUUCUCGUUAUUUAUAUCAUUGAUAGCAUAGUAUCGGUUCGGAACCGGUUGGGUGCUGAUGAGGUUCAUUUUAUCGUCUGAUUAUUAUCAUUUUUAUCAAUAAAUACGAAUGUAAUGCCAUUUUAUCCUGUUGCAGCCACCAAACAGACCAUACCUUAAUCCAUACCGACUAUCCCAGUUUCAUCCUCAGACAAUAAAUAAUUGUUACUUA